UUGUUUAUCUCUGUUCUACGUAAUCAGAUUCUCAAAGGUGUGUUACCAUCAAAGGUGAAGACUAAAUGUUUUGCUCUUGUGUCUGAACAAUCUGUAGUUGGCAGCAAGUUCUUUCUUAACAGUGUUCAGUAAACUUGCCCGUGUUGUAUAUACAAUAUAUACAGUUCCAUUAAACUUGCUUCUAUGAUAUUAUUUGUUGUAAAAAUACGUUUGCAGCAUCAUUUGUAAAUCCCAUACUUACCAUACUAAAUCAGAACUGGUAGUUUAUCACAUGUCGCUGGAUAACAUGGGUUCUUAUUUGAGAGUUCUAUGUAGUUUAAUGCAUAUAUGUUUCUUCAAAAAGGUCAGUGGGGAUAUAGAGGACUCCCAAGAUGGACAACAUGCUGGCAUCGACUUUGCCGAACUCGCCAGGACAGAUGAUGACCUGGUGACCUACGUCGUCGAGGGCACCGUCUAUCUCUGGAGCCCCGUUGAUCUCAUGACCCUCGCCGCCGCCGCCACAGGUGAGCAAACACACAUUUCCAUUAAACUUGCCCGUGUGUAUAUAUGUUUCUUCAAAAAGGUCAGUGGGGAUAUAGAGGACUCCCAAGAUGGACAACGUGUUGGCAUCGACUUUGCCGAACUCGCCAGGACAGAUGAUGACCUGGUGACCUACGCCGUCGAGGGCACCAUCUAUCUCCGGAGCCCCGUUGAUCUCAUGACCCUCGCCGCCGCCACCACAGGAGCGGUGCCACCCUUCAAGCAGAGCUAGAAAGAGUGAUACUAUUCUUUGGUCAGGUUAUGUUUGCUAAUUGCUAUGGAUUAUUAUUUUGAGAAAAACAAUUAUGGAACUCAAUGUCUGUUAUGUCCUUUUCUGAAUUUGCAGCCGCUAAGUUUCCGAAGCUUGAUCGACAUCUUUUUAAGCAAUAGUGGUAAUCACGAGUGGCCUGAUACCGAUAUCCACCUUGCAUCCUGCUAUUGCUUUCUAUCUGAUUUUGCUAAAUUGAGCAGUUUGAUAGAGUGUUGGGUAGUAGUUUUGCUCAAUUCAGGAUAUUGUGUGAAAUAAUCACGUGUUGGGUAGUAGUUUUGCUCAAUUCAGGAUAUUGUGUGAAAUAAUCCUAUUGGAUUUCUUCCAAUUUUUUGUUGUGGAUUGAAAAAAAAGUAGCCAUGGUUUACAAGUCCCCUCUAAAACAAGUAAACCUGCUAUUGUCAAAAUUUCAAACCAACUAAGGAAGCAGAGAGCAAUGAUUGCAUAACAAUCAGGGCCUGCCUCAAUCGUUUGACAUAUGAUAUGACAUAAACGUUGUUUACAAGUCCAAGAACGCUUUACAAAAACCAGUUACCCAAACCUACCAUGAGCUUGAUAAUUAAUACUAGGAUUCUUAUGCAUGUCUACUGUUGUUUAGGAAGCUCAGGACAUGAUGGUUCCUUUUGUGACGAAAAAGAAAAAUAGUACCAACGUGUUAACCUAAUGCUUAGCUCAUUAACUGCAGAUAAAAAUUUGUUUAUCCCUGUUUGCGCAAUAUGGAAGUACACAUGGUAAUGGGUAUGUGACCUUCUGGGCAUAUGUAAAUUUUCUAUGUUCUGAAUUUUGUCGCCCUUAUGUUCUUGUAGGUUAUGCUUUAUUCAGGCAUAUAACUUUCUUGUACUUCCAUUGCUCUACAUCUUUCUUUUUCGUCACAUAUUUUACACUUUGUAGUAUCUGUGUCUAUCUCCAAAGUUGCAGAGGAGUGCUACAUUAUUUCAUUAGUUCAUUUUAGAGCAUGUCAAAUGGAGCAGCUUAUUUAGUGGUAAGAUCUUCUCUCCAAAGUCUGCUGCUGGUCACGCUCUUUCGACAGUCGGUACAUAUUUUCUCUUGGGUAAUUUGGUUCACCUAAGCAUUAGUACCACUUACUAUCAUGUAUUGUGAUUCGUCUGUAAUGUUAGUCUUUUCUGCAUGGCCCCUUGAGCUCAUAUCUUCUAUUGCCAUCUGCAAACUAUCAUUUUUGGUCAGCUGAUAUCACUCUAUCCAUUCUAUCAUUUUUUCUUGCUCACUAAAUGAUAGUCUGACCUUGACCUGUUUGUGUCAUUAGAGAACAUAAUUUUUUUUUUCACUUUUCUCUUGUGUUUGUAAAAUAUAUUAUUUUUGUUGUAUAUUAUAGAAGAAUAGCGUUUAUGUAUAUAUUAUACCUCUGUAUAUCUUUCCAAAUUCCAUCUUUUGACAUUACCAUAUUUUAAAAGAAGGGUUGUUUUGUGAGUCAUUUGUUUACUUAUGUUGUGUUUUCACUGACCAUGAGUGGAUUAUUAUAUAACUUUGUUGGCCAAAAGUAUUCUUGCGGUUUGUGUCUAGGAUGAGCACCAAGUAUAAGCUGAUAACAUUUUCCAAGCACUUCCAUUUUGAAGGGCCAGCAAGAAGGGAUUUCUUCCCGCAGCAUAACAAAGAACCCGGUGGGUGGAUGCAAGACCAGAGUGCCUUUUUGACUAAAUCCAAAAAUAUUGUAUUGAUGAGAAACCCAAAGAUAUUAUAUUGAUCAAGAGCGGCAUGUGCAUACAUUUUUCACUAAGAGGCAUGCUUAGAAGGUUCAGCAUGCCUUCUUUACUGGUA